UCACCCCGGACGCGCUUUCCCCCGCACCAAGGCCUCGUGCCCUGCUACUUAACCUAACCCCACCGCCGAACAAUUCCCCAUUUCUGAUUCCCUCCUGCUCAGACGAGUCGAUAGGGAGAGAGAGAGAGAGAUAGAGGAGGAAGCCAAGAACAAGCUGCGGUACCCAUCUUGCGCGCGCUCGUGCCUGCACAGAGAGAGAGAGAGAGAGAGAGAGAGAGAGAGAGAGAGAGAGAGAGAGAGAGAGAGAGAGAGAGAGAGAGAGGAAAGAUUGGAUUUUGGUUUACGGUUGGUGAGCGGAGAUGUUGAGGGCGCUGACGAGGUGCUGCGGCCACUGGCCGCCGGGCGCGGCGGCGGCGGACGGGAUGCUGUGGCAGACGGAGCUGCGGCCGCACGCGGCGGGGGAGUUCUCGAUGGCCGCGGCGCAGGCGAACGUGGCCAUGGAGGACCAGGCGCAGGUGCUGGCCUCCCCAUCCGCCACGCUUGUCGGCGUCUACGACGGACACGGCGGGGUCGACGCCUCCCGUUUCCUCCGAUCCCGACUCUUCCCCCAUGUCCAACGCUUCGCGACGGAGCAGGGGGGAAUGAGCACGGAGGUGAUCCGGAGGGCGUUCGGCGCGGCGGAGGAAGAGUUCCAUAAGCAGGUGAGGCAGGAGUGGACGAAGCGGCCGCGGAUGGCCGCUGUGGGCUCCUGCUGCUUGCUCGGGGCCAUCUCCGGGGACACGCUUUACGUGGCCAACCUCGGGGACUCCCGCGCCGUGCUCGGGCGUCGAGUGGUUGGGGGAGGGGUGGCCGUCGCCGAGCGGCUGUCCGACGAGCACAACGCGGCGUCCGAGGAGGUGCGGCGGGAGCUCGCCGCUCUCAACCCCGAUGACGCGCAGAUCGUGGUACAUGCCAGGGGGGCGUGGAGAGUGAAGGGGAUAAUUCAGGUGUCAAGAUCCAUUGGUGAUUUUUAUCUGAAGAAACCGGAGUACAGCUUGGACCCCUUGUUUCGGCAAGUUGGCCCCCCUGUUGCAUUGAAGAGGCCAGCUCUAAGUGCUGAACCAUCAAUUCAAGUUCGCAAGCUGAAACCAAAUGACCUAUUCCUGAUAUUUGCUUCAGAUGGUCUUUGGGAGCACCUCAGUGAUGAUGCUGCGGUGCAAAUUGUCUUCAAGAAUCCAAGAACUGGAAUAGCCAACAGAUUGGUGAAGGCUGCCUUGAAGGAAGCAACAAGGAAAAGGGAGGUCAGGUACCGCGACCUGAGGACGAUCGAGAGGGGAGUGAGGCGGCAUUUCCACGACGACAUCAGUGUUGUGGUGGUCUACCUCGACCGCCACCGUGAACGUCGCCACACCAGGGUCAUCGAUUCGAGCAGCAAUUGCACCAGCGCACCCGUUGACAUCUACUCAUCCAACACCCACCAGUCCGCGGAACCCUUGCAAUCUUAUAAGAGCUGAGCUCCGUGGAAUGGACUGGACGGCUUGCAAGUUAGGCUUCUCUCUGGCUGGUGGUGAACUGUAGUUGCAGAUCAGGGUGCGCGAACUGGAGUGCCACUGCCAUUGGAGGAGCUCGAGAUGUACAUAGAUAGCGUGGGUGCGUGGCGUUUUGAUGCCGGAGAAGAUCAUUUGGUCUUGGAUUAUGUAGCAUAAUUGGUUAACGCAGCAGCAUUUCUGUUUCUUUCUUUUUGUCGGAUUGUCGGACUAGUUGAAGUGUCGCACGCGAUUAAAAAUAAAUUACAUACAAGAUAUUUAUAAAUAAA